AUGGUUUCAGAAUGUGACAUAAUCGGCCUCGAGGUCAUCGCCUUGACUGAGCGCGCCUCACGUUUCACUGCAUUACCCUCACCCUCACUUUGCGCAGUACCGUCUCCUCUUGCCGGCCAGUCCGACUUUGCUCUUAACGCACGACUACGACCUACCUUCUCCCCACCUAUUUUCCUCCUCAUCCUACACUUCACCCCUAUUGGGUCGUAUUUCCACUUAGCGCUUUCGUCCAUCUGCGACAUUUGUCGCUCUAUCUCAACACAAGAGAAAUUAACUCAUAUUAAUUCAACAUGCCCGUCAUGGACCAUAUCCAGUCCGCCUUUGAGAAGGUGUUACGACCGAACAGAGGCCCUGUUACGGGUGGAAGAAGAGGGAAAGGGAUAA